UCGUUGGAAAAGACUUCUAGUGUUGUGCAGGAAGGCCUCUGAGCUUGAUUUGAUGCCCGAGACCCCCCAAAUCGCUAUCCCCAGGCAGGUGUGGGACGCCAUUGCUUAUAUGGCUCCACGGGUGGUGGCCCCACAACCGCACCAAUCACUGCCCAGCCAAGGGAUAGGGGCGUGGACAAGCAAGACAAAGUUACAACAUGCUGGGAAAGCAAGGCAGGCUAGGAAGCCCCGGACACAGCCGGUUGGAAAAGCCCUUCGAGGUCUCGGACACGAGGAUCAAAAGCACAAACUGAAGCCUAGCUGACCUGCCAGACCAUGGCAUCCUGGGGGCUCCUUGUGGCUGGUGCCUCCUUCGCGGCUUUUCGGGGCCUGCACUGGGGACUGCAGCUGCUGCCCACCCCGGAAUCUGCUCGGGACCGCUGGAUGUGGCGGAACAUUUUCGUUUCGCUGGUGCACAGCCUGCUCUCUGGAGCAGGGGCGCUGGUCGGGCUGUGGCUGUAUCCUCAGAUGGUCACCGACCCGAUUCAUGGCCACCCGUCAUGGGCAGUGGGCCUAGUAGCAGUGUCAGUGGGUUAUUUCCUGGCGGAUGGAGUUGACAUGCUGUGGAAUCGGACCUUGGCCCAAGCUUGGGACCUUCUCUGUCAUCAUUUGGUGGUAGUGAGCUGCCUCAGUACUGCGGUUCUGUCUGGCCACUUUGUGGGCUUCGCUAUGGUGUCUCUACUUCUGGAGCUGAACUCCAUCUGUUUGCAUCUACGGAAGCUGCUGCUGCUUUCCCAAAAGGCCUCAUCCUUGGCCUUCAAAGUAACCAGUUGGGCCACCCUGACCACUCUGGCCCUCUUCCGCCUUCUACCUCUGGGAUGGAUGAGCCUGUGGUUGCUGCAGCAGCACUGCCAGCUGGCUCUUGCUUUGGUGAUCCUUGGUGGAACUGGGCUGGUCACUGUGGGCACCAUGAGCAUCUCAUUGGGUAUCCGCAUUCUGAUCAGGGAUGUCUUGCAGUCUCGGCCCUACCCAUUUAUCUUCAUGCACAAGGAGACUCAGCAGACCAAGACAUAUGAUGGUGAGCCAGUCACCAGGAACAAUUCCACUCUCAGUCUGAAGGACUAGAGAAGUGGAGGUUUCUUGCUGGGCGGUGGUGGCGCACGCCUUUAAUCCCAGCACUUGGGAGGCAGAGGCAGGCGGAUCUCUGUGAGUUCGAGGCCAGGCUGGACCAAUAGCCUCCAAAACAAUACAGAGAA